UAUCAAAAUCAAACCGUCUGAAUCGGGUUUUUCUUUCCUGCGUUUUCUGCCUUUCACUCUUCUCCUCCACAAUUCUUUUCUUUGACCACUCUCUCUCUCUCUCUCUCUCUCUCUCUCUCUCAAAUUUACUAGGGUUCCUUUCUUCUUCAUCUUCUCCUCCUCCCUCUCCAUAAAAGUCCCAGUUUUUUCUCGUCCAUUGUCUGCAAUCCUCCUCCAACUCACUCUGCCAACGACAAUGGAAAAUAUUGCUCCCUCUUCUUUUCCGUCUUCUUCUUUGCAGAAUCCGGUGGUUUCAGCUGCAUCUUCCUCCUCUGGAGUUCCCGAUGAUGCUUUCGAAGACUCCUGCAGUAUAUGCCUCGAGCCCUUCAUCGCUGCUGACCCUGCAACUGUAUGAUCCUCGCAUUAGGAUAUGUUUCUCUGUAAUUACAAUUACGAGUUGCAAACAUGAAUAUCAUCUUCACUGUAUCCUUGAAUGGUCUCAAAGAAGCAAAGAAUGCCCAAUAUGUUGCCAGUUACUUUUCUUAAAGGACCCUGCCAGCCAAGAGCUUCUAGCUGCUGUGGAGAUUGAAAGGCGCUCAAGGUCAAAGAACAUUUAUUCAGCUGCUCCCACAGCUCUUCAUAAUUUCCACGAGGACUUUGAGGUCAAGCACGGCACUUAUUAUUCAGAAGACUCUGAUUUUGAUGAGCAUAUUAUGCAACGUCUGUCUGCUGCUGCUAGUAGAGCUCGUUAUAUUCACAGAAGGGAAAGACACAGAUCUUCUGGGCUUGGUCCUUCCCAAGUUCUUGCUUUCACCUCCCCUGCAAAUAUGUCACCGCAAAUAUACAUGACCUCCCCAGAAGGUUAUCCAAAUUUAUGUUAUGGGUCACCCGAGGGUGGUUCGCCAUCUUCUGGCAUGCCUUCUGCUAUCAACUUUCGACCUCCAGGAGCGGUGGAUGUUGAUCUGGUCCCCAGGACUUAUAUCAACAGAGACAACCCUGUUAAUCCCAGAAUUAUUUAUAGCCAGACACCAUCUGAUGGUCCAGGAAGACCAAGUGCAUCUGAGAUAUUCUUUCCAGAGACACUCAAAUCUAAAUUGUCUGCUGCUUCAGCCAGAUAUAAGGAAUCAAUCUCAAAGAGUACCCGAGGCUUUAAGGAGAAGCUACUUGCUCGUAAUAACUCGGUAAAGGAGCUAAGCAAAGGAGUUCAGCGUGAGAUGAAUGCAGGAAUUGCUGGUGUUGCUCGACUGAUUGAACGCCUAGAUCUUACUUCAAAACGAACUGGAUCCUCUAUUCAUGUUCCCAAUUAUACUGAAGGCACUUCAGACUUCUCCUUCAAAGGGAAGGGCGUGGAGGAAAAUGUUAGUGUGCAGUCUCUUGACAAAAGUAGUGGGAAAGUUCCACGUGAUUUAUGUCCGGGUGCAACCUAUAUCUCUGGUGCCAUAGUGGGACAAUCAGAAGAUCCUCAUACGCAGAGUGGACAUUGAUGCUGCUAAAUCUGGUACUGGCUCCUCAACCAAGUGUGUUUCAUGAGCACACCAGGAGGCAUGUGGUGCAAGUGACGAAAUGUGUUUUAACCAAUUGGCUGGUUGGUUGGCGUCCUGCAUACCUGCCGGUAGCCUAAAUAUGCGAAACAGAAACUGUUAACUGAUAUUGCCCUGGCCAACAGUGUUUUCCUUUCUUCAUAGAUUAGUUUAAGUAGAUAACAGAGAAAUCUGAAGAGAUACUAUGACCGUGUGCAUUUUUUUUUUUUUAACAAUUUUAAGGUCUUUCGUUGUGUUUUCUACUUUAUUUUUGUUAACUGUUUCCAAUAUUAUAUGUGGGUAAAGCCUGAACAUUGAUUAGGUGGCUGUGAUAUGAAAAAGGGUGAAUGGCUAAAGACCGUUUUUUCUGAAAA